AUGGAGGAGCGCAAGGACGUUGGGAUCCUCGCCAUGGACAUCCCUCCGAGUCUCCGAUUCGUUGCGUUCCCCACCGUGCCCGUCUCGUGUGAUGUGAUACUGCUCCGUAUGCACCUGAUGCAUUUAGUCAUUGAUUGUCUGCAGGAAGCGCUGGAGGCUCAUGACGGUGCCAGCAAGGGGAAGUACACAAUUGGGCUUGGGCAGGAUUGCAUGGCGUUCUGCAGCGAGGUGGAAGACGUUGUAUCUAUGAGCUUGACAGUUGUUGCAUCCCUGCUGCAAAAGUACAACAAUGAUCCUAAGCUCAUUGGACGCUUGGAGGUUGGUAGUGAGACGGUGAUAGACAAAAGCAAGUCCAUCAAAACAUGGCUGAUGCAAAUUUUCGAGGAAAGUGGUAAUACUGACAUUGAAGGAGUUGACUCGAGCAAUGCAUGCUAUGGCGGAACAGCUGCCCUGUUGAACUGUGUGAAUUGGGUUGAGAGUAAAUCAUGGGAUGGACGUUAUGGCCUUGUCGUUUGCACAGACAGCGCGGAUUAUGCAGAAGGACCUGCUCGUCCUACAGGGGCUGCUGCUGCUAUUGCAAUGCUUAUUGGUCCAGAUGCUCCUAUAUAUUUUGAAAGAAAAUAUAAAGCUUCCCACAUGGCCCAUGUUUAUGAUUUCAACAAGCCAGAUCUUGCAAGUGAAUACCCGGUGCAUUUUGUUUUCUUUACGCUUAAAUUGCAUUCGUUUUCCUACUUAUUAAUACUUAUCCUUUUGGCUUCUCAACAAGUUGCAAAGCAUUUGUAUGACAUCAAAGUUCAACCGUCAACUUUGCUUCCAAAACAAAUCGGUAACAUGGCAUCUCUGUAUGCAGCACUGGCAUCUGUAAUCUACAACAAGCACAACAGUCUAGCUGGCCAACGAAUCAUUAUGUUCUCAUAUGGCAGUGGCUUGACAUCAACAUUGUUCUCAUUAAGAUUGCAUGAGGGACAACAUCCCUUCAGCCUAGGAAACAUUGCUUCCAUGCUUGAUGUAACAGCAAAGCUCGACUCAAGACAUGUGACGUCACCUGAGUUGAAGCUGAUGGAGCACCGUUACGGAGCAAAAGAUUUCGAGACAAGCCAAGACACAAGCCUGUUGCCACCUGGCACAGCCUACCUUACAAAAGUUGAUUCCAUGUAUAGGAGGUUCUAUGACAAGAAAGCAUCUGACGACAUUGAUUGGCGUAAAACCAAGGUUAGCAAUGCCGUAGCAAAUGGCCAAUAG